AUGUCAUUUUCUCAGAAGAAGUCGUCACAAUGGAUAAUUGUUGCUGUUGUUGUAGGUAUAACUCUUGUAGGAGUAGCCGUCAUUGCGACGGCAAUCGCUUUGCCGUUGUCAAGGUCAACAAAAGACAUUGACACGGCGAAAAAACUGAUGAAGGAAGUGCCUCUCGUGGAUGGUCACAAUGAUUUGCCAUGGCAACUGAAGAACCAUUUUGAUAACGUGUUACAAAACAUUGAUCUGCGUACAAGUACAAGAGACAAAUUUGGAGACUAUGGACACACAGACAUUCCUAGACUGCGAGAAGGACUGCUUGGAGCACAGUUCUGGGCUGCAUACAUGAGCUGUGAUGCUCAAUAUAAAGAUGCAUUACGUCAUACAAUUGAACAGAUUGACGUCAUCAAACGAUUCACAGAGCAGUACCCAGAUACGUUUGAAUUCGUAACCACGGCCCAAGGAAUAUUGGACGCAUUCGCAGCUGGUAAAAUCGGAAGUUUGAUUGGUGUAGAGGGUGGACAUGGAAUGGACAGCCAGUUGGGUGUUCUGCGCAUGCUCUAUGAAUUAGGCACUCGAUACAUGACAAUAACUCAUAGUUGUAACACUCCAUGGGCUGAUAACUGGAAAGAAGAGGAUGAACAAUUCUUCGGACUCACUGACUGGGGAAAGCAAGUCAUCCGAGAAAUGAACAGACUCGGCAUGCUCAUUGAUCUUUCACAUGUCUCAUUCGAUACGAUGCGUGACGCAUUGGAAGUGACCGAGGCGCCUGUAAUAUUCAGCCAUUCUUCGGCAUAUGCACUAUGUAACCACAGUAGAAACGUUCCGGAUGACGUAUUGGAACUAGUGAAAGACAAUGGCGGAGUUGUGAUGGUAAAUUUUUAUGAUGAAUAUGUGUGUUGCCUUCCGAAAAACAUAACCACGUGCAAUAUUAAAGAUGUUGCAGAUCACAUUGAACAUUUACGAGAUGUAUGUGGAAUUGACUGUGUUGGUAUUGGUUCUGACUAUGACGGCGUCACUACUUUACCAGAUGGACUGGAAGAUGUGUCCACGUUCCCAGACUUAAUUUCUAUAUUGAUUGGACGCGGCUGGUCUGAUGAUGACGUCAAAAAGUUAUUAGGGAAUAAUUUACUAAGGGCAUUCUCUAAAGCCGAAGAGGUACGUGACAGCAAGAAAGACAUGAUGCCAAUCGACGAAUCCAUACCACGUGACGCUUUGGGAGAAGACUCUCAAUGUAGAACCUACGUCUAUGAACCCUGA